UGCCAAGGACCAUUAAGUUCAUGGAUUUCAAAGGAAAAAAAGCUUCCGUUUGAGGAAGCUCUCUUAAAUUGGAUUAUAUCAACCUCCCAGCCAUUUACAUGCGUCGAACAGCCUUCAUUUAAGACUAUGUUGAGAUCUGCCGGGUCCCAGGACUCUAUACCAAGUGCAGAUACUAUCUCACGUCGAUUAAGUCUUUGGCUUGACGCUGUUGAUAGUGAAUUACGAGGCUUAAUGUCUUCAGCCUCCUCAAUAGCGCUAUCUCUUAAUGGUUGGACAAGUCAGAAUUCACUGCCAAUGCUAGCAAUUAAUGCUCACUGGAUGUCCUCUGAUUUUCAGCAAUAUCGAGCUUGCAUUGAAUUUGUUGAAAUUGAAGGAAACCACUCAGGAGAAAACUUAGCUAAUAUUGUAGCUACAGCUCUUCAGAGAUUUCAUAUAUCUGAUAAAGUUAUAACGAUUACAGCUGAUAAUGCAUCUAAUAAUGACACUUUACACCGAUAUCUUCACCAGAA